CGUCACACAACCUUCCUGUUGGGGUCUUCCAUUGUCUCAUUCCAUCUCCAUCGAGGCAUCUCAAAAGUCCACUGGGCAUCAUGACUUCCACUCAGACUUUCAACCUUGCUCUCCCCGCCCUGCCUUCCGGCUGGAGCGCCGAGAAGGACUUCAAGGCCGUUGGCACCCUCUCUGGCGCCACCCAGAGAAACCUCGAGGCUGUUGGUCCUUUCUUCCUGGCUCACGCCCGCAGAAAGCGUCACGGACGUACCUUCUCCGAGGAUGAGAGAAUCCAGGCCCAGCAGAACGUCAAGAAGACCGAGGAGGAUGACCUUGGCGAGAUCUCCGAGCCCGAGGACAACAUGCUCCUCGCCAGAGAGGCUAAGGACUGGAAGAGCCAAGAUCACUACCAGGUCCUCGGCCUGACCAAGUACCGCUGGCGCGCCACCCCCGAGCAGAUCAAGCGUGCUCACCGCAAGAAGGUCCUCCGUCACCACCCCGACAAGAAGGCCGCUCUGGGCGACCGUGACGAGAACGACCAGUUCUUCAAGUGUAUCCAGAAGGCCCACGAGGUGCUCUCUGACCCCGUCAAGCGCCGCCAGUUCGACUCCGUCGACGAGGCCGCCGACGUCGAGCCCCCCACCAAGAAGGAGGCUACCAAGAACUUCUACAAGCUCUGGCGCAAGGUCUUCAUCUCCGAGGGCCGCUUCUCCAACAUCCAGCCCGUCCCCGAGCUUGGUGACGAGAACAGCAGCCAGGAUGUCGUCGAGGAGUUCUACAACUUCUGGUACAACUUCGACAGCUGGCGUACCUUCGAGUACCUGGACGAGGACGUCCCCGAUGACAACGAGAGCCGUGACCAGAAGCGUCACGUUGAGAAGAAGAACGCCAACGCCCGCCGCAAGCGCAAGACCGAGGACACCGCCCGUCUCCGCCACCUGGUCGACGACUGCGCCGCUGGUGACGAGAGAAUCAAGAAGUUCCGCAAGGCCGCCCGUGCCGACAAGGACAAGAAGCGUCUCGAGAGAGAGGCUGAGGCCAAGCGUCUCGUCGAGGAGAAGGAGAAGGCUCGCCUGGAGGAGGAGCAGCGCAAGAAGGAUGCCGAGGAGGCCGCCAAGGCCGAGCGCGAGGCCAACAAGAAGGCCAAGGAGGCCGCUAAGAACGCCACCAAGAAGAACAAGCGUGUUGUCAAGGGAUCCGUCAAGGAUGUCAACUACUUCGAUGAGGCUCCUUCGGCCGCCCAGGUCGACUCCGUCUUGGGAGACGUCGAUCUUAUCCUCAGCAAGAUCGAUGCGGAGGAGCUGGCUGGUCUGGCUGGCCGCCUUACUACUGCUGGUAAGGACGCUGCCGCUGUCAAGACUGUGUACACCGAGGAGGUGCAGAGACUUGUCGGCGCUGGCAAGCUCAAGGAGGGGGAGGCCAAGUUCUUUGCUUAGACGAUCUGAUCUGAUAGAGGGAGGGGUCUUUCAUCGCUAGUCAUGAUAUAUUAUAGAUGAUAGAUUUCCAGUCGCUUUGCAAAUAAUGAGUAGCAAUGAUAGCAUGGUUG